AUGAGGAAACCUGUUCCCUGGUGGAACCAAACAUGUGAUGAUGCAGUUCGAAAGUCCAAAAAAGCCCUGAUACAGUAUAGAGCUUCACCUAGCAUUUCUAAUUUUAUAGAGUACAAAAAAACAGAUGCUCAAAAGAAAAGAAUACUUAAAGAAGAGAGUAUUAAUUCGUGGCACAACUUAUGUAGUAGUUUCAAUAGAAUGACACCUGUUUCUAGAAUAUGGGGUUACAUGAAAAGGUUCAAGAGAAUAGGUUCAUGUCAUGAUAGAUUUUUCAAUGAUGAAUGGGUGCCUUCAUUCAUAGAUAACAUCUCUGAUUCAAAUCAAAUAAAUUUAAACAAUGUAAGUGGUAUUUUAAAUGAUUCAUCUGAAAAUAACAGUAAUUCCUUUCUGAAUAAACCAUUUACAUUAAAUGAAUUGUACAUAUCCCUCAAAAGCAGAAAAGAUACAACACCAGGUUUGGAUAAUACACCAUAUAUUUUAAUCAAAAAACUACAUCCUAAUGCUAUAGAAAUCUUAUUAAAUAUUUAUAAUAGACUACUAGAAAACUUGUUAAUACCAGAUUCAUGGAAAACUCAGUGCAUCAUUCCCAUCUUAAAGCCAAAUAAAACUGCAAAUAAUCCAUCAUCAUACAGACACAUUUCAUUAUCAUCGUGUUUAGGUAAACUCUUUGAGAACAUGCUAAAGAUGAGAUUAGAUUAUUUUGCUGAAUCGGAAGGAAAGUUACCAGAUAUUCAGUUUGGAUUCAGGAAAGGUAGAAGUUGCUCUGAAAGCUUUGUAUCUUUCAUUGCUGAUCUCAAAAAAGCUAAGAUUAGUCACUCUAAUGUUGUUUGUGUCUUCUUAGAUGUUAAGGGUGCAUUUGAUAAUGUUGAUACAUACUUUUAA